GCGCGCGCUCCUUGAAUACGACGUGCAUUUUUCCGUCUAACAGGAAAUAUCCACUUUUGUGAAUAAUUCGUUUGGGAAACCUGAUCUUCCUAUCCGGCGAAUUUUAUUCAACCAUUUCUUCUUCACCGAGCCUGUGUUUAGUACUUCCCACUGUCUCGAACUACUGCCCAAGCUUCAGGUGCUACUUCUGUAGCAACAUCCCCCUCACUCUUUCAAAUAUACAGGACUUGGUGGUCUGUUACGUGAUUGUUGUGAAGCCGAAUAACCCGAAAGUUACAGGUCAAACUCCAUUCACGGCAGCAGCUGAGUCCUAACAUACUGCACACUACAAACCACAAUCUUGACCAAUCCUCGCAUCACUCCUCCUGGAGUCUACCAGAGCUAAAGCAGUCGAGUGGCGGGAUUUACUACGCAUAAGUUCACCGAAGAUCUGGAACCUCUACCUUAAAAUCAAGAAGCGAGCUCAAAGAAAUCACUGGUUUAUACUAGCUCGUAAUCAGGAUAUUGGAUAUUGGAUAUUGGAUCUUGCGACCUGUGAUUCCCAGAAUUCUAUCGUUGAGUAAUUAUUUUCUGCAUAACAGAGAAUGCGUUGAGAAUUGCGUUUGAAUCUACGGAGUUCCUUCAAAAUAAAUCAUGUAGAAAAUUAACAUUAUUAGGGUUUGAAGGUUCCAUGAAAAUGACACGUCCAAUGUCCAAGCGCGAAGUAUGUGUAGGGUCGUUACCGCGAUGUUAAGAUUGUUAAAUGAAUAAAUUUGAAAUGCGCUGCCGUGGUGGAUGCUUAUAACUUUCAGAAAGCAUGUUGGAAAAACGCAGUUAUCGGCCGUUUCGUAUCAGUCGUUUACAAUUGAAACAAUGGUCGUCAUUUCUUGCUGUUGUAUUCGCGCUUCUCGCAUUUGUUUUUAUAUCUGCUGGGAUUUGGCUUCUUGUAAACACUGAAGUUGAGUCAGAGAUAAUUGGCAGACGGUAUUACUUUGAAGGCGGCAUUUUAUUUGUGGUUAUCGGAAUACUGCUACUUUUCUCGCUUAUAUGUCAAUCUUUCAUUAUUCACUUGCUGUUUAAGUCUACAAGACCAUGGCGUUUCACUGAAACUAAAUUGAAAAAAGCAAUUGCAUUGUAUUUAGUUUUUCUGUUUAUAAUGGCAGUUCCACAUGUUUAUUGCUUAUAUCAUUUGAAGACAAUUCGAACUAAGUUAGUUUGGUCUAUCAAAGAACAAACUGAAGAGGUUUUGAUUAACUUAUACGGAUUUGAGCCUGAAUUCACAUCAGCAUGGGAUCAUUUACAGUCUCAAGGUAAAUGUUGUGGAUUUUCGGGUCCUCAAAUCUAUGCCUCUUCAAAGUGGAGAUACAGCCAUCCAAAUUCAUCGGCUUUAGUUGCCUUUGUACCCGACUCUUGUCGUACACUAAUGAGUUUAGAGGAACAAGUACUUCAGGACUUGAAAACAAAAUCAGAUAAUGAUGAACCAGGACAGAUAACUUUUCAGAAAGGGUGUGCAGAAUUCCUUUACUCACACAUAGAAUCUGUUAUAACUGGUGCAUUCAUAGUACCGGUUGUUUCUCUUGUGAUUGUAGCUUUCUCAUUUGUUCUUGGAAUUAUUGUAUGCAACUUCGUAGAAGUGGGAGAAUAUCUAUAAGUAUAUAUAUAUAUAUAUAUAUAUAUAUAUAUAUAUAUAUUAGAAAAUAAGAUAAUCAUGAAAUGCAUAUAUAAUCAAUCAGCUGUCAAACUGUCGAUCGUAUUAAAAAGCACAUACACACAUCAACAACAACACCACCACCAUCACCACGACGACGAAGGAAAAACGGAGUCUCCAAUUUUUAUUGGCAAAUUAUGAUUUCACAUCAAUGUUUACUUUUUAUCUUUUUUUUACUUCUUCUUCAGUCAAUCAAUCAGUCCGCCUUUUAUUUUAAACACCAACAAUAAAAGAGGUUUAUUAUUAUUAUUGCUGUUUACCAUUUCUUCAAUUGUGAAGCUUCAAAAUUCUAGAAAGUCUAUUUUUUUUCUCAUUUACCGAUUGUUUGUUUGUUUUUUCUCUCCUUUUUUUUCUCAUCUCAUCUCAGUUGGUCGCUUAUAUUAGUGCUAAGAGAAAUAAAUAAAUAAUGUACUAAUAAUAAUCAUUGGUGAUUUCUUUUCUCUCUCUCUCUCUUUCUCUAUUUUCACCUUCUCCUUUUUGUCUUAGAAAGAGAAUUAUUUCAUCUUUAGUCACAUUGCUACUGAUAAUGUUGAGAAUAAAAGAAUUACUAUUAUAUAUGUAUAUCCAGUAAUUUAUACAUAAAGUGCAUUAUUAUUGGCUUUUUACAUUGAAUAAAUUACUUCACAUUACUGAUCAUACUGUGUGUGUGUGUGUAUUAAAUUCACUUUUACUGCUG